AUGGCUGAAUUAUUCCAACCACUUCGUAUAAUUGCUCAACCUAAAGCAUCAUAUCUUGAAAAAUAUAUACAUGGAAUAGAUCGUAGUUGUAAUCGAUCACAACGUUUUAUCCGUGCUGAAACUAAUCCUCAUCAUUUGAACUAUCCAACAAUUGAAAUACCAAAACACUUGAAUAGUCAAAGGUUAUAUAUUCGUGUAACUUUAGUAACCUUAUGCAGUGAACAAGUGCCUGUGACAUGCAUACAUCCUGAUCCAAUUGAUACUUCAGAAUUAAAUGUUAUUAAAGACGUAGCAAAAAAUACACUUUAUUUUCCAAUAUCAGAAGAAGACUUAAAUAAUGAACGUAAGAGUUUUCAAAUUAUUCGUAGAAAAUUAACCAAACGUGAAUUAAGAAACUAUGGACAAUUAUCCCUUUUGGAUACAAACGAACUGGCUGUUCCAAGUACAGAUAAUCUACAUGAUGUUCGAAGAAUAAUUGAUGUUUAUCAAUCAGGAAAAUCACAAUUACUUUUUUCUAUCGCUGAACUAUUUGAUGAUGAUUUAUUACCAGUUAUCUAUGACGUAACAUCUGUAUAUUCUCAUAUAAUGACUGCUAUUACAGCAAGGCCUAUAAAUAAAUACAAAUCAUUUGUUAUAUGGGCACCGAAGAAAGGUUGCUGGUGUGGUGGUGAUGAUAUUCUAAUGGUAGUUCCAAAACUUGACAAGACAAAAGUAUGUCAAGUAUAUUUUGAGUGUUUGUCAUCAAACGAAAAAAGUCAAAUUCAUUUCGAAUUUGCGGAUAUGAAAACAAUUGCAUUCACAACUCCACCAUGUCCCAUAAAAGCAACUAGGAAUCAAAGUAUAGAAAUUCCUAUAGUUGUUACUCAAAAUGGUCAAGAAAUAGCACGUGUUUAUUUUAUGUAUCACUCAUGUGAUAAACGUUCAAAUUUUGAUAUUGAUAGUAUGUUCGAUUCUAGCAAUUCAUUAAAUACAAACGAACAAUCUUCACAUUUAGAUAUGUAUUUAGAUGAUACUGAUGUUCUAUCAGAUCACAACGUAAAAAUUGACAAAUAA